AGUGUGGGUGUCAUGGGUGUGUCUGCAUGUUGUUUUGCUAAUACGUAGCUGCUAAUUCUCUCUCUAACCCAUGGGUUCUGAAAAGGAAGACUUUUUUGGAAUCGACGAAUCAAAUGUUACUUUUAGUGGCAAGUCAAGCACGUCUGUUGUGUGUGCAAAGUGUGUACGAUGGGCAUUGGUGUUUAUACCUACACUGAUUUCUGUGCUGUGUCUCGUAGCUAUCAUUGUAUUUGGGGUGGUUUAUUACAGAAUUGCUGAAGAUCGCAUUGCUUUUCUUGAAAAAGGAAUGUCCGAAUUAAGAGUGCAGUUUAACAGUAGUGAGUCUGCCCUACUCUCAUUUCAGGAGCUGUUAUCGAAUGAUGAUCAACAGCUAACUCAAACGAUAGUUGACGUUCAGAACCUUGAAUCACGGAUUACCGAAAAUCAGAACAAACUCACUGAUCAGAUUUCUAGUAGUCAGCGUACAACAUAUGUUCGAUGGGGAAACAGUUCAUGCCCUGAUAUGAAUGGAACUACUCUAGUUUACAGUGGCUAUGUUGGUGGCAAUAGUUUCAUGCUACAAGGUGGUGGCUCCAACCAUCUGUGUAUGCCUACUGAUCCAGAGUACACGCUCCCAUUUGAGGCUGGCGUCCAGGGAGCUAGUUUGAUGUAUGGAGCUGAAUACGAAUCUGUAUUUCUCGGCACUGUUAACGAAAAUGUGCCCUGUGCUGUUUGCUCAGUAUCUACACGUGCUGAAGUCAUCAUGAUUCCUGCUAAGACAUCUUGCCCUACCGACUGGUCUAGAGAAUACAUUGGCUAUCUUAUGUCUGAAGGAACUGCAAAUUAUCGCACGAUGUACAUCUGUGUCGAUGCAGGUAUGGAAUCUAUUCCUGGCUCUUCUGGUCAUAUGGAGGCCUCUGACUUAUGGCACACUGAAGCUAGCUGCGCCAGUUUGCCUUGUCCCCCCUACGAUAGUGAAAAGGAACUGGAGUGUGUAGUAUGCUCAAAAUGAUGUUUCUAUUAUUUUGUUUUGCCACUUUUUAGAAUGGAACAAUAAAUAAUCUACUGUGUCUUGCUUUUAGAUAUGACAACCGCUGUAACAAUAAUUAAGUGUGCAUUCAUGAAUGUAGUUAAGUGUUGUCACGGUAUAAAACAA